AUGUGUUCUGUAAAAAGAUUAAUUCUUUUUAUAAUAACAUUUUGUUUUUUUGUAAAAAUAGAAAAUUUUGUUAGUAAAUUUUAUAAUAUACAUAUAUUUGUUAAGGCAAAAAAGUGUGUCAAUAAUAAUUUUUUUCUUUUUUUGUUAAAUGCAGAAAAAGAAAAAAAUUUUAGAAAAAAAAGAAGCUAUAUUAUAAAAAAAGAAAUAAAGAAAAAAAGUAAUUUCUUAAGUUCAUUAACAAAUAAUGAAAAUCAUUAUGAAAAGAAUAGCGAAAUAAAUACAACUGAUGAAGAAAAGUAUAAUUUAAUAAAAAAUAUAAAAAAAUAUUGUGAAUGUACUAAAAAAUUUAAGAGGUUGCCAACAAGGGAAGUUGCAAUUGGAAAUGUUAAAAUUGGUGGCAAUAAUAGAAUAGCUAUUCAAACCAUGACUAGCUGUGACACGAGAAAUGUAGAAGAAUGUGUCUAUCAAAUUAAAAAAUGUAGAGAUUUAGGAGCUGAUAUUGUAAGACUAACAGUUCAAGGUGUUCAAGAAGCAGAAGCAAGUUAUUAUAUUAAAGAAAAAUUACUAUCUGAAAAUAUUACAAUUCCUCUAGUAGCUGAUAUCCAUUUUAACCCUAAAAUUGCCUUAAUGGCAGCGGAUGUAUUUGAAAAAAUUAGAAUUAACCCUGGAAAUUAUGUAGAUGGAAGAAAAAAAUGGAUAAAUAAAAUUUAUAAAACAAAAGAAGAAUUUGAUGAAGGUAAAUUAUUUAUAAAAGAAAAAUUUGUACCAUUAAUUGAAAAAUGCAAAAGAUUAAAUAGAGCAAUAAGAAUAGGUACCAACCAUGGUUCUUUAUCAGCUCGAAUGCUUUCCUAUUAUGGUGAUACUCCAUUAGGAAUGGUUGAAUCUGCUUUUGAAUUUUCAGAUUUAUGCAUUGAAAAUAAUUUUUAUAAUGUAGUUUUUUCUAUGAAAGCAUCUAAUGCUUACGUAAUGAUACAUUCAUAUAGAUUAUUAGCAGCUAAACAGUAUGAAAAAAAUAUACUUUUUCCCAUACAUUUAGGAGUAACAGAAGCUGGAUUUGGAGACAAUGGAAGAAUAAAGUCUUAUUUAGGAAUAGGAUCAUUAUUAUACGAUGGAAUAGGAGAUACUAUCAGAAUAUCAUUGACAGAAGAUCCAUGGGAAGAACUAAUUCCUUGUAAAAAAUUAAUUGAAAAUUUUAAAAAAAGAAUAUUUUAUACUGAGAAGAUAGAUGAUAACACAAUUACAAGUGAAAAAAAUAAUGAAAAACUAAAUGAAAGUAAUAAUAUCAUCAAAAAAAAUGUAGUUGAUUUAAACGGCUUUGAUAAUAAUAUAAUCAAGAAUCAGAGUCAUAAUAAUGAAAAAGAGAAAAUAAUAAGAAAUGAAGAAAGUAGUUACGAUAAAGAAGUCCCAACUAAUAUAUAUAAUAUGAAAAAUCUCUUAAAUUUUGAAGAAAAUUUCAGAAAUUUUAAUAAUAUAGUAAAAAGAAAAGUAGAAAAAAGUGAUAAUAUAUUACAUGAGGACUGUACUGUAGGUAACGUAGUUACAGUAAAAGAAUUGGAAGAUUCCCUGCAAAUAUUCAAAGACUUAAAUCUAGAGGUGGAUAAAAAUGGGAAUUUAAAGAAAGGAGCUAAAACUAGUGAUAUAAUUAUUGUAAAUAAAUUUGAAACCAUAACAAAUUUAUCAAAAAAAACGAUUGAAAAAUUAAUGGAAGCAGGAUUAUAUGUAUUGGUAGAAUAUCACCAAAAUAAUAUUGAUAUUAUUCAAAAAUUUAAAGGUAAUAACAUCUUAUUAUAUACUGACAUAGGAAAUAUAAUGAAUCUUUUAGAAAAUAAUAAAAAAGUUGAAAUAAAUAAUAUAAAAGGAUAUGCAUUAAUUUUAAAUGGAAAAGAAGAUAUUGAAAUGAUAGAAAAAAUAAAAAAAUUAAAUCCACCUCCAUUAUUUAUUCUCUUAAAAUCGGAUAGUAUAUAUGAACAUGUAUUAAUUACAAGAAGAAUAAAUGAAAUACUACAUUCUUUAAGUAUAAAAAUACCACUUAUACAUUAUGUUGAUAUUAAUUCUACUAAUUAUGAUAAUAUAUUAGUUAAUGCAACAUUAUAUGCGGGAAGUUGCUUAAUCGAUUUAAUGGGGGAUGGAUUAAUUAUAAAUGUAACUAACAGUGAUUUUAAACAAAAAGAAGACCAUCAUAAAAAUUUGAGUCGUGUUGCUUUAAACUCAUUUUUAACUUUAAAUAUUUUACAAGAUACUCGUAUUCGGUUAUUUAAAACAGAUUAUAUAGCUUGCCCUUCCUGUGGAAGAACAUUAUUUAAUAUACAAGAGACAACUAAAAAAAUUAUGAAACUAACAGGACACUUAAAAGGGGUAAAAAUUGCAAUUAUGGGUUGUAUUGUAAAUGGUAUAGGGGAAAUGGCAGAUGCACAUUUUGGUUAUGUCGGAAGUGCACCUAAAAAAAUUGAUUUGUAUUAUGGUAAGGAAUUAGUAGAAAGAAAUAUACCUGAAGAAGAAGCUUGUGAUAAAUUAAUAGAACUAAUUAAAAAGCAUAACAAGUGGCAAGAUCCACCAAAUUGA